AUGGAUGCUGGCAAGGUUCCCGUCAAGCUUGUCAAGGUCACCAGAGUCCUCGGCCGAACCGGCUCCCGAGGUGGUGUUACACAAGUCCGAGUCGAGUUCAUGGACGACACGAGCCGAAGCAUCAUUCGCAACGUCAAGGGCCCAGUCAAGGUCGAUGACAUUCUGUGCCUGCUCGAAUCCGAGAGAGAAGCCAGACGAUUGAGAUAA